AUGAGUUGGCGCGGCAACUACGCUAUCCGUGGGCGCGGCCGUGGUCGUGGCCGUGGAGGCGGUGGCGGAGGCAAUGCAAGCAGCAGACAUAGCUCGGGAUCAUAUGGAAUGGUUGGAGCUCAUACGGAGAAACGGAGUCGCACCGACCAAGGAACAGCAGACUUUCUAGCGCAUCGACUUCGUGCGCUGGAGAAUAAGCCGUACCCGGCUUAUCAUAGUUUAGAAGGAGCAUGGGCAUUUCCCACAUUCACGUUUUACUUGGAUCAGGCGCAAUCAGACCCGUAUGCAUCGCCCAGCAAAGUACGUGUGCGUAUGUCGCAUGCCCAUGCAGGAUUUCCAGCGUCGACGUACGAUACACGGAUUCAUCGUACGGCCCUGGCUGACUACAUACUCCGUCGGUUACACAAAGUGUGCACUGAACGGAGGUUUGAUGAGAAGCUUAAAGGCUCCGGAUGGUCCAGCGGGAAAGGCGGACAGCUGGAGAUUGACGUCCCAGGACAGCAGGUGCUGGAGCGAACGGCUGUGGUCGUUGACGAUGAGGGCAUCGAAAUGCGAUUCAUCGUUGGUCUGCCGGCACAUGGCCGCCAAAUCAUGGGACAUUUGGCUGCUACAUUAUUGUGUGAACAUGUGCCGCAGCUUGUUGAUCAGGGUUUGCUGUAUGACAGGUACGAGCCGAGUGAGCUCCAGCAUCACUUGGAGACCGUCGAGGAUCAGCAAGUGCUGCGAGACCAGUUGGACCAGCAUGGCUUGAUUGCAUUUGUACCAAAUGGAGCAAGACUGGCACGAGCAAGUGGAGCGUCUGACAAGCUGAUGCCAACUUGCGUUCCUUUCCAAAGUCCCGCGACGUUGCAAGUGAGUCUACCGGUGCCACACCGCGGCAAGAUCAUUGGGAUGGGACUAAAGAAGCGUGCAUUGCAUGUGUGUAUCGGAGGUGGAUUCCAUGGCAAGUCGACGUUUCUGUCGGCAUUAGCGCUUGGCUCCUUCAACUUUGUGCCGAACGAUGGGCGUGAGUUCGUGUGUACAAGCCAAGACGUGGCGAGUGUGCGGUCGGAAGAUGGCCGAUUUGUGGGCAGCGUCGACAUUUCGGCAUUCAUUCAAAACCUGCCAAACGGCACAGACACAAGUGAUUUCAGCACCUCGAAUGCUUCAGGAAGCACCUCAUGCGCAGCAGCCCUGAUGGAAGCACUAGAGCUAGGUGCUGAUCUACUCGUGCUGGACGAAGACACGACAGCAUCCAACUUCCUUGUACGUGACUCGACGAUGCAAUCGCUCGUGCCGAAUGAACCUAUUACACCAUUGGCUGUGCGCGUUCGUGCACUAAUAGAAAGGACAGGCGUGUCGAUUGUGCUCGUAUGUGGCUCGUCCAGUGCUUUGCUGCCAGAGGCGGAUGUGGUGCUUCAGAUGGAUUCGUACGUGAUGAAAGACGUCACGGAGCAUGCUAAAGACGUGUGUAAGGAGACCCAUGUCCUGUCCCAGUCGGAUGCAGAUGCGCAACCUUUCGCAGCAAGAAAGAGCAGGACGCUAGCGCUGCCGCUGCCGUCUGUCAAAACAUCCACACCGCAACGCAGUCUCAUCCACGUCGGUGAACAUGCAUUAGACCUGAGCUCUGUGCCGCAGCUGGUACAUAAAAGCCAAACGCGAGCAAUCGAAACCCUUUUGCGUCGCUGGAUGAACGGCGAGCCACGCUCGAUCCGUGAGCUGGUUGACACUGUGGACAAAAACAUCGAGAGCCAGGGCAUCGACGCACUGCUACAGACUCGGAUAGAUGGGUUCCUUGCACGACCACGUCGCAUGGAUAUUGGUAUCGCAUUAAACCGGCUACGGUGUGGGUCUUGGAGUAUCGCAUGA